AUGUAUUUUGUAUCCGAGCAACAAUAUCAGCUUAAUGCUGCGACUCUCAUGGAGUCUCCGAAUCGUGGAGGAGAAAAUGAGAAAACGAAAUUUGUAUUCGCACAAUGGAACGGAACGAAUUUCAGUGAGCGAAAUGAUAGAAAGCAACAGUUUUUCAUUCCAAUCACAUUAGGUGACAGGUGA